AUGGUUUCUUCUCAUCCAAAAAUUGAACUUCAGGGGAUCCCAGAGUUCAACACUUUAAUUCAUCGGCUGUGCGAGAAAGCCCCAAUAGCCGCUCGAGCAAUUGUGGUUGCAAUACAGAACUUCAACCCUCAAGAGCAGACCAUGCCGGGCAAGGGCACUCUAGCAGAACACAAGCGGAAGCUAAACAAUGACCCCUUAUACCGACCACCUAAGUCUGCCAAGCGCACAGCUCUGAGUAGCCAUGUGUCUAAUAACGAACCCAGCUCCGCUCAGAUUGAUCAUCUCAUCGCAGAGGCCGUUACAGAAGAAAGCACCAGACAGGAUGAUAGCGGUGACCAUUCAGCGGAACCGCUAUCGCCGCUAGAUCAGGAGAACUCCGAGGAUACUGGCUCCCCGGGAGAAGGGAAUAGCUUGUCCAUCGGAAGCACCCUGGACAUAAGUGGGGAUAUGAAAUGUAGCACUAAGAUACUUGGUGUGGUAUCAGCACCGAGCAAACUGGACACAUCCCAGUCCCCGGUCUUAACCGACUCGAAGCAAGACGGGGAGUUGCCAAGAUCACCUGAGAUGGGUCUGACAACACUGGUAGAUGAUGGACAUCCCCCAUCCCAGACAGAAGAGAUUUAUGGAGGCAAAAUACCACCAUCGCCAGAGAGUAUCAUGCCACAACCUGCACCAACACCAGACCCGUCUUUAGCGGAUGCGGCCCCCAUCACGCCCCUUAAGGCAGCUGAGAUAAUCUAUAAGUUCAGCAGAUACCAGGAUGGCCCUUCAAGGGAAGUCCAUGCAAGGAUACUUCAGUCCCUUAAAGGAGAUAAUCCGGAAGCAGCAGCAGCUCGUUGGGACCAAUGGUCUGAUGGCUCGAUGUGGAUUCAUGUGCUUGAAACGGGGUCAUCCAAUACCAAAAGGGCUACUAUCUUCAACAUGUUGGAGUACAUGGGAGCCAGUGAAUGGUAUGAUGGUCAGAUUGAGCUUGCAGAAGGAACAAUCCUCACCACCAAGGGCCAGCCAGUAGGCCGUCGAGGCGCAGCCACUUAUGUGCUAAAUAGAAUGCAGGGCCUGCGAAUGGGUUCCGCGAGGCAAGGGAGGUGGAUUAGUGGUAUCGGAAGGGUGACAUUAGAAGAAGACGGACCAGAAGUCCCACUAGAAGAGAGUGGUGAUGUCAGCCUUACAGAGAAAGCAAGAAAGUCGGAAAGAAGUCGCUUCGGAUUCCAAGUCAGCCGGGGCCGGAUAUUGAGUACGAAGCUUGUUAGAGAACUUGGACUUGGGGUUCUGUUCUGCCCUAAAAUUUGGAACUAUACAAAAAUGACUGCAAAGCAACUUGAUAUCCUAAUUAGACGCAUUAAAGCAGACUCUAGUCUGAUGAAACUACUUCGCGUCCUGAGCCCACAAUUGGAGCUGCUGGUUAAGCAGGGGUCUCCAGAUCUUCGCAGUUUCUAUGAGGAUCUAAAAAGGGAGGAGCUUGUAUCAGACAAGGAGCUUCGUGAGCUGAAAAUACCAUUUGCCCUGGAGAGCGACGCCUUACCAGACAGUGAACUGGAUGCUGCGAUUGAUCGCCUGAUUGAACGCGUGAGUACAAAGCUCUUUAGCAAGACUAUGCUAGGCGAUGAUGAUACAGUUACAGUGAACGGGAGCGUAGAGUUAUCUUGUGAUAUCUUCCAGCGACUCCGCCGAGAUGAAUGGCUCGACACUUGGACUAUCAUUGCAGGCAUGCAGAUAUCAGACAAACCAGCGUUUAUCAGGCACAUUGAAAGCGUUCCAUUGGAUGAGAUGAUUGGACGCAGUGGACGACCGAAGCAAAUUAAACAGCCUCUGGCAGGCUUGGCAAAGAAGAUCGAGAAGUACCGCAGUGAGGCCAAGGAAAUCUUUGGGACUGGGACCUGUUUGGUAUACUUCUGCCCAAUAAACCACAGAAACAACCACUUUACGCUCCUUGAAAUAAACGAACGCGAAAAAGUGAUACGCCACUAUGAUUCCAUGGCAGACCCAGCAGUUGUCAAAGGCGACAAGGGGACGCGCAUAUCGGAUCUGGUUAAGGAAGAAUUCGGUAGAUUGAAAUACUCGUACAGUGAAGCUAACAUGGACCACGGAAUUAUGCCCUAA